AUGUCGCCCUCGGAAAUCAUAUCGAGCCAUGAACAGGUUGAUGUCGAAAUAGACAUGUCGUGUCAUCCAGGCGUGGGCGAGUCACACGUGGCGGCUGUGCACAGGGUUGCCAUGCUUGAUGCUUCUGUUCUGUGGCGAUGCGUGACGAGGCGGCAUUGUGGCAGGGGACUGCCUUCCCUCUUCGCGCGCUCUUCCGAGAAUGCGCGCAGGACUGGCGCCCUUCUGGAAGCAGGAGCCGGCUGUCAGCUGGAGGGGCGGCGCUACAGAGAGAGUUCUGGAGUGGCGGUGCUGAUUGGUGCUCGGGGAUCCUGGACGGUUGCGCUGUUGCCGGUUCUCCGCCCACCAGAGGAGCAGGGUGGCGGGUGGGGGGAGGAGGGGCGGCCACCCCUCCCGCGGCGGGGCGCAGCGCCAGUGCGAGCAGGGAGCGCGCGGAGGCCGGUGCGCGAGGCGCGAGUGUGCGGCUGUGCGAGCGUGCGGGUGCGCGCCAGUGAUGCGGUGGCGGCGCGCGGCGCCAGGGCGCGCCAGCUAGGAGCCAGGAGCAGCAUGGCGGCGCGGCGCAGGCUGCUGUGGUGCUCGUUGUUGUUGCUGCUGGCGGCGGUGGAGGCGGUGGAGGCGGCGCAGGCCCGCCCCCGCGCCUGCAGCGCCGCCGCGCGCGCCCUCGCCGCCGCCAAGGUGUUCGAGGGCGCGGUGCGGUCCCGCAGCGUGGUGCGGCGCGGCGCCUACAACGCCACCUUCGUGGUGCGGCGCGUGUGGAAGGGCGCGCGCCAGGACUUCCCCGGCGGCACGGUGCGGCUGCACUUCUCGGAGCACGCGCACCCCGCGUGCCGCGAGCCCGGCGAGCCACUGCGCGCGAGCAUCUCGCGCGCCGGCGCCUACAUCGUGUUCGUGGGCGCGGGAGACGCGCUGGGCUACUCGCCGCUCGGCGAGCCCUUGCGUCGCUCGCGCCAGACCGUGCGCCAGUUGCAGGCCGUCUUGUGUUCCGAAUGCGUGAAGCCGCUGGUGCUGCUGCCUCUCGGCAGGAAGGCGGACCGGCAAGUCGUGCGGCUGACGUGUCGGCUCAAGAAGGGCGCACCGCUACCGACCUUCAGGUGGUACAAGGACGGCAGGCGCAUCUUACCCACCAACCGAACAAAAAUCAUGAGUAAAAAAAAACGGUCAGUUCUGACGAUAGCGUCGCCUCGGAGGGACGACGCGGGCAACUACACGUGUCGCGCAGUGAGCAUCACCAGCACCGCUGCCGUCUCCACGAACGUGUCUGUGCCCGCAGAGACACGCGCCGAUUCUCAGCCGUGCGCAAGGAAAGACCUGUGUUUGAAUGACGGCAAGUGCUCAUACAUAGCAGCUAUUGGAGAAUGGUACUGUGAAUGUGCCGAAGGCUUCAAAGGACAGCGCUGCGAGAGUAAGGAUGUCUCGAAUCAGAGCAGUGCGCCGAAGACUGCGAGGCGAGUCCCUGCGCGGAGCCCCAGGAGAAGGGACGUGUCCCGCCCGGGCUGCGGCGACGUGUUUGCCCCGUGUCUUCGCACGUCGAGGAAUCUUCGCGCUUUCGGCUGCUGUGACUCAAGGUGGGAUCAGCGACGCAUUUAUUUUCAGUGAAGGAAUUGCCCACGCACUUCUGGUGUCCAAGUGAUGUAGCCUAAUUGGAGAGUUUAAUGUUUUUUUUUGUUUUGUUUCUGGACUGUAAAAGAAACAUGUCAAAUUUUUAACCUACAUUUAUCUCGGAAGAAAUAAUAAUUAUUAGUAUGAAUGAGUUCAAAA